AUGGCAACCGCUUCAGCUUUUUCUUAUGCGCAGGCCGCCAAGGGCCAGGGCACCGUGCCAUCAAAUGCCUUGCCUGGGCAGCCCGUCCAGGACUCCCAGCCACCCGCAGCCGCGCCCAAGUCUACCGCGGACGCCGAAAAUGCGACCGAAUCCAAUGGUGCCGUUCGAAGCGCCGAUUCUUCCGCCAGCACGGAGAAGCAGGAUGCUGUCAGCAAUACUGGUUUGGAGGUUGAGACCCGAUCAGAGGAAGUCCAGGAGACGCGCCGCGAGCCCGUACGGGAUGACGAGUCUGGCAGAUUAGAUCGCCCUUGGCGACGAGGCGACAAAGGCACGAGGUCUUCGAGUACGACCACGCGAUCGGUCGACGAACAAGAUUCCAGAAGGCCGCGGAAGUCUAAGAAGUCAAAGGCUGCAGAAAAGCAAGCCAACGAGCAAUCAGCAACAGACAAGGACCAGGAGUCUGAAAAAGAGGUUCCCAAAGUCGAACUGUUUGAGGCGCCCAUUCCAUCUGUCAAUAUCUGGCGGCAGCGAGCGGAAGCUCAGGCAAAGACCAAGCCAUCUGCCGGCUCUGCAGAGCAGACAACCAAUGGUUCACCAAAGCCUGAGGUAUCCGCCAAGGUGGCUGAGAACGGUGUCCCAGCUGCUGCCCAGCGCGAUAGCAUACCAAAUGGCGUCAAGCCCCCUCGCAAAUCGGUCGAUGCCCCUCGAUCCGAGAGAAAUGCCAGCCGUGGUUCAAGAGUAGCGGACAAAGAUGCUGGCAAUAUGCCCCCUUCGGUCGCCGAUACUACGGCCUGGCCUACUCCAGAGACGGCCAUCCAAGAGGACAAGAAGAAGCCCGCCGAGAAGUCUGAGAAGGACGCCUCAGAGGACGGAUCCCAGUCAAAGCCGAGACAAAAGGGAAAAUGGGUGACUAUGGAUUACGUGCCGAGCGUCAACUUUGAAACGCAGCUUCCUCAGAUGCGUAACUCCAAGCCUCGAGGUGGAGCUAGAAACGCAAAUAGCUCAAGGGCUACACCAUCCCACGCCAGUGACAAGGGCACCGCACCCGUCGCCAGCCAGGGCAAGCCCAGUGAGAACACCAACAGCGGUAACAGCAACGGCGGCAACAAGGAGCGCCCUCGUGAUGGUGCCAACGGCCCGAACCGCGGUGCGCCAGCGCCUCAAGCUAAGCGUUCAUCGACAGACAUGUCAAAUGCACGUGAGCAAAGGAAAGCCGCGAACCACGCUGGUAGCGAGAAGAACAAGGAUGCCACAUCAAACUCAACUGGCCAUGCUGUCCGUGAGCGAACGGAGAACCGCAAUGAUAGACCACGAGGUGCAUACCGCGGCCGUGGCGGACAUCAUCCUGUCAACACCCAGCACCAGCAUCAGCACACUGCAUCCAGCUUCUCUGCAUCGGGCGCCAUGGGCGGACGAGCCCAAGGCCCCUACAGCCCACCACCCAGGCAAGGUGGCCAUGGUCAGAUGUUCAUGCCAUCUCAAAGGGGUGGCAGAGGCGGCCGCAACAACGGCCAAAACUUCCAUCGCAUGUCUCUGCCUAAUGGAUCAGCACGCAUUCCUCAGGUUCAAACUCAGUUUGGGCCCUACGAGUAUCCCAUCACGCCGAUGACGGCCAUGCCCUUCCAGCCUCAGCCCUACUGGGACAACAUGUUGGUGCCAGUACUGAAGAGCCAGGUCGAGUACUACUUCUCCAUCGAGAACUUGUGCAAGGACGUAUAUCUCCGCGCGCGAAUGGACUCGCAAGGUUUUGUGCCCUUGCACUUCAUUGCCUCCUUCAAGCGUGUGCGAGAGCUGUCUGCCGAUAUCGCCAUGGUCCGUGCUGUUUGCGAGAUCUCCACCGAACUCGACCUCGCUGUUGGUGAAGAUGACAUCGAACGCGUGCGACGAAGCCAGGCGUGGGAAAGCUUUGUGUUGCCUCUUGAGGAUCGGGAUGAGUUUGCUCGAAACCACGGACCCGCCCACCUCACUUUCAAGAACCGACCCUCGCAAAUGCCACCCCAGUUUAACGGAAUGCCUGUCCCAUACGGCAUGGCGUCACCCCCUGCGUAUGCAGCCCACGCUGAAAUUCCGUUUCAGCAGCUGCCUGAUGAUGCUCUCAUCGGCCAGGGACUCAACGGUCUAGCAAACGGCCAUGUCAAUGGCGUCAGUCAGCUGUCGGCAGAUGUGCCCGACUUUGCUCCCUCAGGUGCUCUUCAGCUCGAUGGCCUGGCCAAGACUAACGGCCCAGUUGCCGUGAAUGGACAUGCCGAGAAGCCCGUUGACAGCACGUUGCCUAACGGGGUACACAACGAGCAAUCAGUGUAG